CCUCUGGGAGCAUGAAUCGUUACGUCACCAUCAAGAAGCUGGGGGAUGGGUCCUAUGGCGAAGUGGUUUUGGGGCAACGGGUUGACACCGGGGAACGGGUCGCCAUUAAAAAAAUGAAGAAGAAAUAUUAUUCGUGGGACGAGGCAAUGAAUCUGAAGGAGGUGAAGAGUCUCAAGAAACUCAGUCAUCCCAACGUCGUGAAACUCAAGGAAGUCAUCAGAGAGAAUGACACAUUAUAUUUUGUGUUCGAGUACAUGCGUGAGAACUUGUACCAGCUCAUGAAGUCC